AUGGAUCAAAACAAGCCCUGCGAAGAAGACUCGAUUCCCAUAUGGUCGUCCACAACAACAACAAUAAGGGAAGAUGAGCAGCAACCUGUUUUCGAGAAGAAGAUGAUUACCUCGGAUGAUCUGGCAAACGCCUUCCCAAAGACUUGCGUAAAGAUGGAUACUCCGAACAAAGACGAGCGGCAGCAGCAGCCGCAUCUCUCUCAGCAAAUAGCAACAUCUCAUCUCCCUCGAGCACCAUCAUUGAUGCAGUCAGGAGAAGAUGAACACCCUCCUCACGAACAUCAUUCGGGUCAUUCCCUUUCGCAAAAUAAUAAUAAUAAUUACUCGACCAUUACUACUCUCCAAAGCACAGUUUCAAACAUCGAAACCCAUCAGCAGAACCAUCAUCAUCAUCAUCACCAUUCAAAAGAACCAUCCUCCGAGGUUUCCAGUCCUUCCACCCAUAUUGAAAGGGCUACCAAAAGCCCACUCUCCGAGAAAUUACAGAAUUCUUUGAAAAGUGGAAGAGGAGAAACCACAACCUAUUCUUCAACAACAUCACGUGCUUCUUUAUUAUCAUCACUACGGGCAAGUCAAAUGGCUUCAUCGGCAACAACAACCUCUUCGCUCCUCUGUAAGGAAAAUACUUUGUCCUUGGAUUUAAGCAUGACGAAUGGCAGCGCGAAUCAUCAUCAUCACGAGGGAGAUCACUCGCCAAGCAAGUAUAAUAACAGUGAAAGCAGCAAGAAUCAACGUUCGCCAUCAUCCAAUUCCAUCGCUCGGGAUACCGAGGAAUUAUUCGUCAAGACACUCUCAGCUCGUUCGGCAGCAUCUCAUCAAAAACCUCACUUGCCCACCACUCCGAGAGGAGAAGGCAUUGUUGUUUCAUCGCCCAAACAUCAAAACCUUCAACAUCUUCCACAACAUGACUUUGACAAUAAGGAUACAGGUAGUUCUGUCCUGAAAAAAGCAUCAAACUCUCUGAAAAAAACAAAAUUUUCUCAAGUAGAGUUGAAUCGAUUCGAUGAGAUGGUACAAUGUGAUUUAAAUUGUGGACAUCGUCAUCAUGAAAUGCCCUAUAAGAACAUGACAGGAUUAAAAUUGGGAACCAUUGAUGAAAUGUAUCGAAAUUAUUCAAAGCCCAUUGCUGUUGUUCCUUACGUUUUGAAUGAGAACGAGAUUAUUGAGAAGAGAUUGAAGAAAAUCAAAUCAACAUCUCCUGCAAGAUCUUCGAAAGAUUUUGUGAAGGGUGACGUUUUGAUGCAUUUAACUCAUGAUGGUGAUACGAAUAAUGCAAGUGCUGUUGUUAUUUCAGGUCAAUCACCCCUUUCUGGAGCUCUGAUCAACACAAGCAUUGUAACAACAAUGAAUUCCUCUGUUUGGACAUCCCCUCCAUCUCCUAUUGCUUCGUUGAAUUCAUCUUUUCAACACGAGAGUCAUCCUUCAAGAAAUCAAACUGUUGCUUCAAUUUCUGACAUGAAUCCAGGAAGCUCUAGCUCCCAUACGAAUGGUCAUGCUGACGAGCACCAAACAAGUCCAACAACAUGCAAAACUUCAAUCAAAAUUUCAGCAAACAUCCCAUCUUGCAAUAGAUCUUCUUUUGAAACUACUUGUUCAAGCAUUGUUUCUCAAAACAGCCCCUCUAAUCGAUGUAAGAGUCCAAAUUCAACCUCUCCCAAGAAUGCAUGGUCGAAAUUUACAGGCGGUUUUUACAAUAGUCCAAGAUGUUUCAAUACGAAUUAUAGGCAUUGUAGCAAUCCAAAUUUUAUUCGAAAGAAUGAAGAUGAUGAGUCAACCCUCGGUGUUAAAAAACUGGGAGUGGAAAGUGAGAAGGAUCCACCCCUGGUUAGGAAGAGAAAAGAAGAGUUACACCACAUUCAUCAGGUCUAUAGUGUGACUGCAUCUUCAGAAUCAAAAAGAUGCAAAAGCAAUGGUCAUUCUACGACAUUUCAGAGGACUCAACCACAACCUAUCGAUAGCACCACACUUAUAACGGAGGACGUAAAAACCUUAAUAGAUCGUUUUGAAAAAUCUUGUCAUACACAAAGCGAUACCUCCAACAAUGAUUUGCUUCAAAUUCAAGCGACAAGAUUCAACAUGUCACCCUCACCUCCCCUACCUGGAGAAUCUCGUAAGCGAAACAAAUCUAGCAGGGAGGACAUUGAACAGAAACGAGUUGAAGAAUACAGUAAUCCUAAUACUCUUCAUUCUGUUCAUUCAACGUUUGUUCCACAAUUUAAGCCCAAGAGAGGAUCAUGUACUUCUCCAACAUUCAAUCAAAUUUCAUCGGAUUUGACUAGUCAAAAUAGACCCUCCACUUACCAAACAAGUAUUCGAAAUGAUAUUUCCAUCUCUGGAACAGACAAGACCAAACACAAAAAACAUUCCAUUCUCAAUUAUCAUGAUUUCGAUCAAAAUGCAAUGUUUAUUGGAGAUGGUCAUGAAGAUAAGUUGAAACAAAUGUUAAAUCCAAAUAAUUAUCCAAUUGAUCUUUUCCCACAAGUAGAGGCCUUGAGAAGACGAAAGAAUAUGUCAAAGAGUGAUUACAAGAAUUUUAAUGCUCUUCGUUCUUCAAAACUUCACACGGCAUAUUUGUGUUUUCGAAGAAGUACCAUCAAUCGAUAUUUAGAUUACAAACAUCAGCUCGAAAACGUGAUGGGAAAAGAUAAGGCACCGAUGAUGCCUCAUCAUUUAAUGGAUGAAUUGAUACCGAAUGCCUGUUCAUCAUCAGGUAAAAAGAAAAAACAAGGAAACAAAACAGAAAAGGUCGUCAUUCCAGAAGGACACAGUUAUGUGUCUUCAGAACACCUUGAUAUACGUACCUCUCUUCCAGAAAUUGUUCCUUCUUCCAAUAAUCAAGGCGAUGCAAACCAAAGAAAUGCAGUAUCCUUUACAUUGUAA